CUGUCAGUGCUCCUCGUUAUCCUCAGACUUCAGACGCAAGCAGGAACCGCGAACGCUACUACUGGGGAAGAAACAUGCGCCCGUUGACAGAGGAGGAGAGCAAGCUUGUCUUCGCGAAGUUGGCCAACUUCAUCGGCAAAAACUUGAUACAGCUCAUUGACCGGCCAGACGAGCCAUACUGUUUUCGGCUGCACAGGGACAGGGUUUAUUAUGUCUCAGAAGCUUCUAUGCGCCUUGCUAUCUCGGUAGCACGACCAAAUCUCGUCAGUCUAGGGACGUGCUUUGGCAAAUUCACGAAAAGCGGCAAGUUCAAGUUGCAAAUCACCGCCCUGGACUAUUUGGCACAAUAUGCCAAGUACAAGGUGUGGAUAAAACCUAACGGCGAAAUGCCGUUCUUGUAUGGAAAUCAUGUAUUGAAGGCCCACCUUGGGCGGAUAACGGAGGAUACACCGGAGCACCAGGGCGUUGUGGUCUACAGCAUGAAUGAUAUUCCAUUGGGGUUCGGUGUCACUGCUCGAUCAACUGUGGACACUCGGAAGUUAGACCCCACCGCAAUCCUCGUGUUCCAUCAAGCUGAUGUCGGUGAAUACUUGCGGGACGAGGAGACACUGUUUUGAUUUGGAGGGUCAGGUAUUCUUCAUCUUGCUGGAUCUAUAAGGCCGUGCGGUAGGGAUAUCUCAUGGACCCACUAUCAUACAUAGACGACUCGGUGUUGAAGUGCUCAGCUGAGUUCCUAAUGAUCUGGCACCUGUACAUAUUAUAGCAUAGACAAGUCCAGACUAAGCCGUGUAUUCCUAGCAACACACCCUUUAGUGACAGGUCGAGCAAUGCUGUAAACACAUGUGCAAAAUUAUAGUGGUCACAACGUG